AUGAGCUUAAAUCCCAAUUUCAAUCCAAAUGCACCUGGCUCCCCAGAAUAUAUGAACGAGUCAGGUGAAAAUAAAAACACACACAAUUUUAGUAAUAUAAAUAAUACAUAUGGAUAUAAAGAAAAUUAUUACAAUAAAACUGGACCAAGCACUAGCUUGAUUCGAAAUAAAAAUGAAAUACAAUAUCAAAAACAAAAUGGUGAUCAACAUAUUCAAAAAAAAAUAACAAUAAUAAAUAAUGGAGAAAAUUAUUCACUUAAUGAAACAAGCGGUAUUGCUAGAGACACAGAAAAUAUAAAAAAUCCUACAAUAUUAACAAAAAUAGCUAAAAAAGUGGAUGAAAAAAAUACAGAAAAUUUUAAGAGUAUUACUCAUUUUGCUAAAUAUUUAUUUUUUAUAGCAAAAAAAAUAGGUACAAUACAAAAUAAAAAUAAUUCCAAAUCUCAAAAUACACCACAUUUUAAUGAUGAGAUCCAAAAAAUGUUAAUAAAACAUUUAAUAUAUAAAUUAAAUAAAAUAUUAUCAUCACUUAUAAAUUAUAAUAUUCUAGAUUAUAAUGAAAAUACAAAUAUAAAACAUGAUAUAGAAUAUUAUUGUUUAAAAAAUAGUAACUUGACAUUAAAUAAAAUAAGAGUCAUGUUAAAAAAAUUAGAAGAUAGUAAAAUAAAUUAUAAAUAUAUACUUCAUAUUAUUUUAAAACUUAAAAUAUAUCAAGAUGAAAUAGGAGAAAAGGAAAUUUCACAUAUUAACACAAUUGCAAAUUCAAAUAAUAGACAAAUAGUAUCAGAACCAGUUGAAAAAAAUGAGACAAAAAUAGAUAAUCUAAAAAUAUCUGAUCAUAAUUUUAGUCAAAAUAAAAUAAAUAAUAAUAAUAAUAAUAAUAAUAAUAAUAAUAAUAAUAAUCAAAUUAUAAAAACAGAUGUAGAAAUAGAACAAAAUAAUAAUAAUACAUCUAAUCAAUAUAAUGAACAAAACAUAAUUUCUAUACAUAAAAACAUUAACGAAAUAGAAACAACACAAUCAAAAAUAAAACCUAUAACCACAAUUAUAGAAAAUGAUAUGAUUCAUAAAAAAAAUAUCAUGAAUAAAAGUAUAUUUGCAACAAUUAUACUAAACAAUAAAUUUAAUAGUUUGGAUAUCGAUGAAAACUUAUUGUUAAGAGAUUUAAUAUAUCCACUUCAAGGAAUAAAUGGUGAAUAUAUAAAAUUUAAUAAAUUAGAAAACAGCUUUUGUGUUUAUAAUAGAAAAGUUAGUAUUGGGAUGCAUCAUUUUAUUAAUAAUAUAAGCAAGGUAGGUAUUCUAUUUAAAAAAUUACAAAAAUAUAUUAAUAUAUUCACAAAUGAAAUGGAUAAUAAUGCAAAUUCUACGCUUAACGUUUCAAACUAUUUUGACCAUUUCGAAGAAGAUGUGGCAUCUACAAACGCAUUCCAAGAAAUGGUGAAAAUGGAAAAAAUUAACAAAAUUAACAAGGUGGGCAAGGUGGAAAAGGUGGAAAAAAUGGAGAAUGGGCAAGGCAGUGUUGAAGAUAGCUCUAGCAGUGAAGAGAAUGCAGAUGAGAUAACCGAAAAUGAAGAAAAAUAUAAUAUGCAAAUGGUAGGACGGAGAAAAGGAAGCUUAGUAAUAGAUGCAUUGUAUCAAAUAGUUAGAGAAUAUAUGAACGAAUAUUAUAAAUUGUUAUCUCAUAUUGAAAGUGAAAUAAAUGAACAUAUACAUAAAAAUACAGUAUAUAUAGGAAUAAAAGUUUUAUAUACAUUAUUACAAGAAUCUUAUAAAAUAUUAAGAGUGUUAAUAAAUGUAAUAGAUGAAUCACAAAGAUCUACAGGAUGUCAAUUUUUAUCUUUUUUAUAUUCAAAAUCACAAACUUAUGAUUAUGAAGAAGAAAAAAUGUAUAAAAAAAUUCUACAAAAAUGUAUUAAACCCAUAAAUUUAAUUUUAAAACAAUGGAUUGAAAAUGGAAUAUUAAAAGAUAAAUAUAAAGAGACAUUUAUUUCUUUAAAUAAUAAUAUAAAUUCUGAACAAAUGUGGAUGUAUAAAUUUGUUAUAAAUAGUGAGAAUAUUCCACUUUUUAUUAACACAAAAACAGCUAAAAAAAUAUUACUAACUGGAAAAUGUGUAUAUCUUUUAAAUUAUCUUAGCUUAAACGAUACGAAAUCUGUAAAUUGGGGAGUUUCGGAUAUAAAAUUAGAACAAAAAAAUAUAUUUUCACAAAUAAAAGAUAAAAAUGAAUUUUUUUAUAAUUUACCAAACACAGAUAUAUUUUCUAUCAAUGAUUUUCAUACAUAUGUAGAAAAUAUAGAUAAUUAUAUAAAAGUUAUAUCUCAAAAAAAAAAUCAAGAAUUAUUUUCAUUACUUAUAAAACAAUAUGGAUUAUAUGACCAUUUUAAAGCAUUUAGACAUUUUAUAUUAUUAGUAGAUGGUGAUUUAUUUGAAAAUAUUUUUGAAAAUAUGAAAAUAGAUUUGUAUAUGAAUGCAGAUGAAUUAAAAAGACAUUAUUUAAAUAAUAAAUUAGAAUUAUGUAUAAAAUCUUCUUCAAUAUUUACAUCUAAUAAAAAUAUAAUUAAAAAAUUAAUUAUCGAAAAAUUUAAUGCAAAAAGAGGAGAUAUAGGAUGGGAUAUAUUAGUACUCGAUUUUGUAGUUGAAAAACCAUUAGAUAUUAUUUUUACAAAUAAAAUAAAAAAUAUAUAUAAAAGUAUAAAUGUUUUAUUAAUAAAAUUAAAAAAAAUACAAUGUGAAUUAUCAAAUAUAUGGUAUCUAUUUACACAUCUUUUUAAAAUAAUUAAUUUGAUAUAUUAUAAUUCUGUUUUUAUACAUUGUAAUGUAAUAAGAAAUGAAAUGUUUCAUUUUAUUCAAAAUAUUUUAUCUUAUUUUUAUUAUGAUGUUAUAGAUAUGAAUUGGUAUGAAUUUAAAAAAAAAAUAUUUACAUGUAACGAUUUAGACAUGUUAAUACAUGAACAUUAUAAUUAUGUAACACAGAUUCAAAUAGAUUUGUUUCUUGGAAAUUACACAGAUAUGUUUAAUUCAAAAUCUUUUCAAAAUUCACAUAAUAUAAAUGGAACCCCUUUUAGUAACAUGUUUGAUAAUGAUACAACGAACUAUUUAGGAUCUUCUUUUUCCAAUGAUAUAAAUAAUACUACAUAUUCUUCCCCAAUCUCACAUGAUAAUGGAAAUGAUGUAAAUGAUGGAAAAAACAACUUUGAAAAUGAUGGAAAAAACAACUUUGAAAAUGGAAAUCCUCAAAAAAAUAUAGAAAAUGAAACACUAAUUUGUUUAAAUAAAAUUCUAGAUAUUAUAUCUAGAUUUAUAAAUUUGACUAGCUCAUUAAUAUCAACAGUUUGUGAAAAUUAUUCAGAAAUAAAAUCUUUAACUGAAAAAAAGAGGCAACAAAAAAUAGAUCAAAAUAUAGAACCCAAUACAGAUCCUACUAUUAGUGAUGUAGAUAUAGAUUAUAUUAAUAAUUAUAUAAAUUAUAAUAUAAUUGGUGAAAAAACAAUUAAAGAUAUUAAGAUGUUGUUAAAGUAUUAUAGAAACUAUAUCUAUAAAUUUAUUUGUCUAUUACUUAAUGAAAAUAAAUAUUUAUAUAUCCAUUCAAAAAACACAAAAAGAGAUAAAUUAUAUUCUCUUCGUCUUUUAGCUUCCCGUCUUGAUUUUAAUUUGUAUUAUGUAAACAUUUCCAAAAUUAUGGAUUCGCAAAAAAAUGUCAAGCUAAACAUUUCCAAGCAAAUAAACAUGAUAAGCAAAUAA